AUGAAUACUAUGAUUGACACCACAAAUGAUGCCAAAUAUAGGAAGUAUCAAGACGCGAUUCGCAAAUGUAUUGCGCUUUUUCAAACAGUAGAGCAAUGGCCUGACUAUAUAUCGUAUUUGACGAAACUUCAUAAGGUUUUACAAUCGUACUCGUCAUUCAAAACAAUUCCCUGCAAUUUGUUGGUAUCUAGAUCUUUGGCUGAAUGCUUAUCUCCAGGACUUCCAUCUGGCGUUCAUAAAAAGGCGCUGGAGGUUUAUGAUUAUGUAUUCACUAUUUUGGAAAAGGAUGUUCUUGCGGAGGAACUGGUUGUUUGGACGUAUGGGCUUACACCAUUCUUUUCUAUUUCAUCAAUUAAAACAAAACAUGAUUAUAUAAGUAUUAUACGGAAACAUUUUGUCUCACUUGGAGAGUCAAUUCGUCCAUGUUUUCAAGCUGUAUUUAUAUCGCUACUUUCCGGACUAGAAGAAGAAAGUGAUGAGUAUUCUCAGGAAACCCUCUUCUUGGUAGAUGAUCUAAUAAAAGGUCUAAACGAUGAUAAAUUUGCUUGGGGAAGCAUUUGGUCUACAAUUCUAAGUUUUCCUAGCCAAAGGCCAGGUGCCCUGAUAUACUUACUUCGAAUUUGCAAUGCCCUUCCAAAAGAAGAAGUUCAACCCAAAGUAAUCCAGCCAGAUCCAAGUCUUGUUACACGCGCCCUGGCAGCUGCAAUUAGCGAUAACGAUGUCCUAGUUCAAAGAGGUUACAUGGAUGCAUUAUUGCACCAUUUUCCUAUUCGAUCUCCUUUCUUACAAAAAGUCAAAUCUUUUGAUUUGAAACUUCUACACAUGUCUGUGGUAUCUAUUAUUUUGCGAAACGAUCUGUCUUUAAACCGAAGGUUCUAUGCGUGGCUUAUGGGUUUACCUAAGGAUUCAGAGUUGUCAGGCCCUGAUCCAGCUAAUGAGAUGGACCCCUCUUUGCUUUUGGAAAACAUGUCAGUUUUUAUCGACGGUGUACGUGAUCUACUUUCUUUAAAAACCAGUACAAUGUCUAUAUAUAAAGCUUUUCGGAUUCUGUAUACACUCUCGGACCGAAAAUCAGUCUUUUCUGUUAUGGAAAGUCAAAUUCUAUCUUUUGUUUUUCAAGCUUACCAUGCUAUUAGUGUUUCUUCGAACAAACAGGAUUCCAAGCAUUUGCAUGACUCCUCGAUAGAUUAUGGUCGUCGUCUCAUUAUGCGGUUUAAUGAUUUAACUAUUUAUGAAUAUUUGUUUAAGUGUAUAAAAGAUUAUAUUUCUAAUAAUGAGAAGUAUCUACCUUCGCUAGAAAUGUUUCAUUUUAUCUUGCGAAACCAGCAAUACUUCUUUAAUAGAAUUGAUGAACAGUAUUUUUUCUUGUUUUUUUGCUAUAUGAUUCUUUACUUGGAAAGGAACCCUUCAUUGAUUACUCGGAAUCCUUCUUUGGAUUUGUUUGUUUCUACUUGCUCACUUUUAGUGGAUAAUUUCAAAUGGAGUUCUCUAAAAGAUCACAAAAUUGGUUCCUCAUCGACAGAGCAUCAGCAUAAAGUUAUAUAUUCUCUCGAACAUCGCAUACUUGAUAUGAAUGGCUCUCGUGACGGAAGUUCUUUAUACUCAAAAUCUGUGUCGAGCUUGCUCAAUUUUUUGAAGAAAUUUGCCAAUAUAGAGAAUUUUCAUCAAAAUAUUCUUGUAUUCCUUUUGAAGCUUCUGAAAGAAGCAAUUGACCCUAAAAUUGAAUAUGAUUUUUUGGGAAUAACCAUUGAAGGACUUGAACAAAAGUCUUGGAAUUUUCAAGAAGUAGAAAGUCUCGUGUCAAUGCUUCCCUCUAGAAUGCUUUUAAGCUCAAAUCGUUUAGUACAUUUACUACUUGAAACUGUUUGGGAUGAGAUAUCCGUAAGUUCCUAUUUACGAGAAGAGAAAUCUUUAGAGAUUAUUUGGAUUCUUCAAGAGAAAUUGCAAAAUAAAAAAAUAGAGUCUUACUUCUCUUCAUGUGUUGUUAAGCAGCAAAUGAUAAAUAAAACCUCUGCAAUUUACGACAUUCCUUUCUAUGAUACAUUAAGAAGAGGUGUUCAACAUUCCCUGUUUCACGAUGUUUUCGAUAGGCCGUUAUUACUCUUACUCAGUGCAUUGUUUGGUGACACUCCUGAAAAAGACUUAACUGGAUUAAUAAGCUGGAUUAGCUCCUCUAGUGCACUCCAAUUACGAGUUUUGGAGCUUAUAACUGGAAACCUCUUACUCCAAUCCCCGAAUCUAUCUGAUAUACGUUCGUUAGGAAACGAUACAACAAAAUACAAGAUAAUUGAAACACAAAGAAAUAGCCAAGCGUCAAGGUGCAUCUAUUUUUAUCGAAUGAGUUAUCAGUUAAUUUUGUAUUCAGACUUGUUUAUAAAUGAGGAAGACCUUUCGGAGAGUCUAAAAGAAGUGGAGAAAAUAUGUCUUAUAAGUUGGGCCGACGUUUUACUGGUGAAAGAAAAAUCUUUGAAUUAUACAACAUUCCUUGCUAUCCUUAUGAAGUCAUUACUAGAUAUCUUUAACGAGAAUCAUAUAGUAAUGAUGAAGGAGGAUUUGUAUAAAUUAUAUUCUUGGGCAUUCAAAUUGUUUCGACAAAUCAUCAAAGUUUGGACUAAACCUUCGGACUGCGAACAGCAUGUAGUUAAUAGUCUUCUUGCCCUCGUAAAGACUGUAAAACCAGAUGUCGGGUCUAGCUAUAAAGACUUCCUUAUGAACUUAUUGAGUUUAUUGGAAUUCCUCCAACCAAGAAUUGAAUUGUCAGAUAUCCAUACAGCAGAGAAUCGUGAGUUUAUUCGAAAUUUCAUUAUGACAGGCCUAUCUAACAACGAUCCUACGAUUUGUUCAAGGUGGCUUAAAGUAAUCAAUGGUUUUUUACCCAAUAUGUUGGAGGACAUCCCUCUAUUAGUUAUACCCCCCAUUCACUUUUUGUCUUCUUUUAUUGAUGAAUUUUUGAAACAACACGAUGCUAUGUAUAGGGAUUUUCCAAGUUCUCUUCCUGAUCGCACGUUCAUGGACGUGUUCAUACUUAAACUAGAGACCCUAAGUGACAUGAUUGUACGCGUCAUAAAAAUGUUCCCAUACAUGCAAAACUCCAAAAGGUCAAUGGAAAAUAGUGGACUCAUUGGAAAUGUAAUUUCCGGUGUCUUUUCUAAUGAUACCUCAACGUCUUCUGUUGAUAUAAGCAAGCGUCUUUCUAUGUUGCUCGUUAUACAGGAUGCUGUCCGCACAUUAUUUGCUUGCUAUUCUUGGGAUUUGAAGCACGGAUAUUAUGAGAAGAGAUCUAAAGUUUUUAUAAAUGACACAUCCUCACUUAAAGAGGCUGCAGCUAAAGGUAUUUUACGACUUUAUAAGCACGAACCAAUGGAGUGUAUAGAAACACUUGUUUACAUAGAAGUAAACCAAGAUACCUCAUAUUCCCGAUAUGUGUGGGAGCUGUUCUCAUAUUUAAGUGAUGGAUAUCCUGAAUACAUAAUCAAGCAUUUGACAUCUUCUUUCUUUGCGAGGGAGACAAUUUCCACAUACAGUGGUCCUUCCAGUUUGACUAUUAAAGUUUCGCAGAUGGAUAUUUUAGAUUGCAUCUGUUCAUAUGUUGCUCAACUAAAAGAAAACGAAAUCCCUGGCGUGUUUCCAGAAAUAGCUAAAUUUUUACGAGAAAUCAUCGUUUCUUCUAACACUUUCAAAAAUUACUUACUUGCUUCUCUUCGUAUUUUAUUCCUGAUUUCAAAGCACAUAAGUAAUAGUUCGGAUACACGCCAACAAAAAGAGUUCUUUGAUCUUUGGAAUCGGUGCUUGACAGCUACUCUGUUUCACGUCGGGAAAACACCUGAAAGUCAAGUAAUUGCUGACUUUUUUGCUUACAAGGAAUUGCGACAGGAUGUGAUAAGCCAUACUGAGAACAAAGGACCUGUAACGCCGAUGUAUUUAUUUUCAAGAUACUUGGAGCCUGCUCUUCUCGAAUUUUUCUGUGCAGAGCUUAUCCCCAAUAUAUCAGAUCUUGCGAAAGAUGAAGAGAAGCUAAUAGGAUGGUCCGUAAUGAUUGUAAACAGUUUUAUCUCUCCAAUCGUCAAAGCAAGGACAUUCCCUGAAGCAUUUACUGAAAUGCACUUGGAUUUGCUAGUUGCCUUUAGUCGAUACUCUUCUCUUUGCAAAUCAUGGAAGAAGGACUUUUGGGAUAUAUAUAACGAUAAUAAUUUAUUUCGGUUUAAUACAAGUCAACUUCGAAAGCUAGCUCCGGUGAUCCAGGUUGCGUUGUACCAAGAUCUUUCUCGUCUAGGCGAUUUAAUUACGAAAUCCGACCUUGGUAUGACAGCACUGUUCACAUCGCGGGAUGCACAAUUGGGUGUUCGUCAAGGGAAUUUAUGUCGAAUUACAAUAUUCAUAUUAUCUUGCCAGAAAGAUUUCUUUUUGCCGAGCCUUCCUCCAAUAAUUGAUUUAAUAAAACGACUUCUAGGCUCUGAUCCCGAGGGAGUUUUGAAGAAGGAGCUUUUCUUGAUGAUCCGUGCUCUUGCGCUAAGAACAACAUCAAAUCAUUUACUAAGUCUUUGGCCGGUUGUAGUUAGUGAACUGCAAAUCAUUUUUCAAAAGUACUGUAUGGGUGAUGCUACUGUCUCCAAGGAAACGUUAGUAGAUGCCUGCAAGCUAUUGGAUUUCUUAGCGGCAUUAAAACCAGAGGAAUUUUCACUGCAUGAGUGGGUUUUGAUGAUGAGUCCGCUUGAUGCAGUUUAUUGGAGUACGAAAACAUCUCCCAAACCUUUGGUACAUUUGGUAGCAGAGCGUUUGAAAAGUACUUCGUCGGAAGUUUUUGAUAGGAGCAGUAUCGAAAGCUCAGAACGUUCUUCGGCGACAUCAAAAGCUCCUUCUUCAUCCAUCACUUCAAGGGCUCCUUCUCUUUCAGCGUUCCCAACAGACGGACAAUUACGACAAUUUCUGAAUGCAAUACCAAUAGAUGUCCAUGAAGAGAGCUACUCUUUAAGUGUGGUAGAUCCUUACUGGUUUGAAGAAUCGAUUUAUAAAGAAGUACUUCAAAGGUUUUCCAUUCCAAUAAAUACAUCUGCUUCCUAUCCUAUGUCUAGGUCUUCGUUGGCACCUACUACGGAGUUCACAUAG